GGCGGGCGGGCGGCGGGGCUGACGUGGCCGCGCGCGGAGCGGCCGUGAUUCACCAGCCGCCGCGGGGCCGGGGCUGGGAGCGGGCCGCGGGGCGCGCAGGGCCAGGCAGCGGCGGCGGCGUCCCCGACUGGCCUCCUCGCGCUCCUUCUGGGCCGCAGGGCCCCGGAGGAGGUCAAGAUGGAAGAGAUCCUGAGGAAGCUGCAGAAGGAAGCGUCCGGGAGCAAGUACAAAGCCAUCAGAGAGAGCUGCACCUGGGCCCUGGAAACCUUGGGUGGUGUUGAUACCGUUGUCAAGAUCCCUCCACACUUGCUGAGGGAGAAAUGCCUCCUGCCUCUCCAGUUGGCUUUGGAAUCCAAGAACGUGAAGCUGGCCCAACAUGCCUUGGCAGGAAUACAGAAGCUUGUGUCAGAAGAGAGGUUUGUAUCCAUGGAAACAGACUCCGAUGAGAAGCAGCUGCUCAAUCAGAUCCUGAACGCCGUAAAAGUGACGCCCUCCCUCCACGAAGACCUGCAGGUGGAAGUGAUGAAGGUUUUACUCUGCAUAACUUACACCCCGACGUUUGACCUGAACGGGAGCGCUGUGCUGAAGAUCGCGGAGUUGUGUUUAGCAUGCCGUAAACCUGGAUGUCCACAAUUGCAUGAAAUGACCAAAAUGUCCAUUAUGAAACUCCUCACUGCCCUGUGUCUUCGUGCGUUCCCUGGUGAUCAGGGGCCUGUGGCUUUUCACAAGGUGUGCAUUGAGACAUACACAUGUAGCUGUCACCAGCGUAGUAUAAACACUGCUGUGCGGGCCACUCUAAGCCAGAUGCUGAGUGACCUGACUUUGCAGUUACGACAAAGGCAGGAGAAUACGAUAAUUGAAAACCCGGACGUCCCACAGGAGUUCGGGAGUCAAGGGUCGACCGUAGAGGCCCUCUGUGAUGACCUUGUCUCUGUGCUCACUGUUCUGUGUGAGAAGCUGCAAGCCGCCAUCAACGACAGUCAGCAGCUGCAGCUGCUGUACCUGGAGUGCAUCCUGUCCAUGCUCAGCAGCUGCUCCUCCUCCAUGCACCUGCACAAGGGCUUCACAGACCUGACCUGGAAAAACCUUUGCCCUGCUCUCAUCGUGAUCCUGGGGAAUCCAAUUCAUGACAAAACCAUCACCUCUGCUCACAGCAGCAGCACGAGUGCCAGCAUGGAGUCAGACUCUGCGUCUCCAGGCGUUUCUGACCAUGGCCGGGGCUCAGGCUGUUCCUCCACUGCACCCGCCCUGAGUGGGCCUGUGGCUCGGACCAUCUAUUACAUUGCAGCUGAGCUGGUCCGGCUGGUGGGGUCGGUGGACUCCAUGAAGCCCGUGCUCCAGUCCCUCUAUCACCGCAUGCUGCUCUACCCCCCACCCCAGCACCGGGUGGAAGCCAUCAAAGUGAUGAAAGAGCUACUUGGGAGCCCACAGCGUCUCUGCGAUUUGGCAGGACCCAGCUCCACUGAACCCGAAUCCAGAAAAAGAUCAAUUUCAAAAAGAAAGUCUCAUCUGGAUCUUCUCAAACUCAUCAUGGAUGGCAUGACCGAAGCUUGCAUCAAGGGUGGCAUCGAGGCUUGCUAUGCCGCCGUGUCCUGCGUCUGCACCUUACUCGGGGCCCUCGACGAGCUCAGCCAGGGAAAGGGCCUGAGUGAAGGUCAGGUCCAGCUGCUGCUCCAGCGCCUGGAGGAGCUGAAGGACGGGGCCGAGUCAAGCAGGGACUCCAUGGAGAUCAACGAGGCCGACUUCCGCUGGCAGCGGCGAGUCCUGUCCUCGGAACACACGCCGUGGGAGUCGGGGAAUGAGAGGAGCCCCGACAUCAGCAUCAGUGUGACCACGGACACGGGCCAGACCACUCUGGAGGGAGAGUUGGGUCAGACCACACCUGAGGACCACUCCAGAAACCGCAAGAACAGCCUCAAGUCCCCAGCCGUCCAGGAGAGCAAGGAGGCGCUGAGCAAAGUGUCAGAACCAGAAGCGGUAGACCAGCCAGACGUCGUUCAGAGAAGCCACAUGGUUGCUUACCCUGACAUCACGAACUUCCUGUCCGUGGACUGCAGGAUGAGGUCCUACGGAUCUAGAUACAGCGAGAGCAAUUUUAGCGUGGAUGACCAGGAUCUCUCCAGGACGGAAUUUGACUCCUGCGACCAGUACUCGAUGGCCGCGGAAAAGGACUCGGGGAGGUCUGACGUGUCGGACAUCGGGUCGGACAACUGCUCGCUGGCCGAUGAGGAGCAGACCCCGCGGGACUGCCUGGGCCACAGGUCCCUGCGGACUGCUGCUCUGUCCCUCAAACUGUUGAAGAACCAGGAGGCCGACCAGCACAGCGCCAGGCUGUUUGUGCAGUCUCUUGAGGGCCUCCUUCCUCGCCUCCUGGCCCUGCCCAGCGUGGAGGAGGUAGACUCAGCCCUCCAGAACUUUGCCUCUACCUUCUGCUCAGGCAUGAUGCACUCCCCCGGGUUUGACGGGAACAGCAGCCUCAGCCUGCAGAUGCUGAUGAACGGGGACAGCCUGUACACGGCAGCGCACUGCGCUCUGCUCCUCAACCUGAAGCUCUCCCACGGUGACUACUACCGGAAGCGGCCAGCCCUGGCGCCUGGCAUGAUGAAAGAGUUCAUGAAGCAGGUGCAGACCAGCGGGGUGCUGAUGAUCUUCUCCCAGGCCUGGAUCGAGGAGCUCUACCACCAGGUGCUCGACAGAAACAUGCUGGGAGAAGCCGGCUACUGGGGCAGCCCCGAGGAUAACAGCCUCCCGCUCAUCACCAUGCUGACCGAUAUCGACGGCUUAGAGAGCAGCGCGAUUGGGGGCCAGCUCAUGGCCUCUGCGUCUACAGAGUCUCCCUUCACCCAGAGCAGGAGGAUUGAUGACUCCACAGUGGCAGGUGUGGCGUUUGCUCGCUACAUUCUGGUUGGCUGCUGGAAGAACCUGAUCGAUACUUUAUCGACCCCCCUGACUGGCCGCAUGGCGGGGAGCUCCAAAGGGCUGGCCUUCAUUCUAGGAGCGGAAGGCAUCAAAGAGCAGAACCAGAAGGAACGCGAUGCCAUCUGCAUGAGCCUGGAUGGGCUGCGGAAGGCGGCACGGCUGAGCUGUGCUCUAGGAGUUGCAGCUAACUGCGCCUCGGCCCUUGCCCAAAUGGCAGCUGCCUCCUGUGUCCAGGAAGAGAAAGAGGACAAGGAAGUCCAAGAACCCAGUGAUGCCAUAGCACAAGUGAAACUAAAAGUGGAGCAGAAACUGGAGCAGAUCGGGAAGCUGCAGGGGGUGUGGCUGCACACAGCCCACGUCCUGUGCAUGGACGCCAUCCUCAGUGUAGGCCUGGAGAUGGGAAGCCACAACCCGGACUGCUGGCCACACGUGUUCAGGGUGUGUGAGUAUGUGGGCACGCUGGAGCACACCCACUUCCGCGAUGGCACCUCUCAGCCCCCCCUGACCAUCAGCCAGCCCCAGAAGGCCCCCGGAGGCUCCGGACUCCUUGGGGACCUGGAGUGUGAAGGCUCGCCCCCGGAGCAGAGCCCAGAGCAGGAGAGCGCUCUGAGCACCGCCCCGGUCAUCCAGCCCCUCUCCAUCCAGGAACUCAUCAGGGAAGGCAGCCGUGGCCGGGCCUCCGACUUCCGCGGGGGCAGCCUCAUGACCGGGAGCAGCGCCGCCAAGGCUGUGCUGGCGCUGUCCACGCAGGCCGACAGGCUCUUUGAAGAUGCUAUAGAUAAGUUGAACCUCAUGGCCCUGGGAGGUUUCCUUUACCAGCUGAAGAAAGCAUCGCAGUCCCAGCUUUUCCAUUCUGUGACGGACACAGUUGAUUACUCGCUGGCAAUGCCAGGAGAAGUGAAAUCCACCCAAGACCGGAAGAGCGCCCUCCACCUGUUCCGCCUCGGGGACGCCAUGCUGAGGAUCGUGCGCAGCAAGGCCAGGCCGCUGCUCCACGUGAUGCGCUGCUGGAGCCUGGUGGCCCCGCACCUGGUGGAGGCUGCCUGCCACAAGGAAAGACAUGUGUCUCAGAAGGCUGUCUCCUUCAUCCAUGACAUAUUGACAGAGGUCCUCACGGACUGGAACGAGCCACCUCAUUUCCACUUCAAUGAAGCCCUCUUCCGGCCCUUUGAGCGGAUUAUGCAGCUGGAGCUGUGUGACGAGGAUGUCCAAGACCAGGUCGUCACAUCCAUUGGUGAGCUGGUUGAAGUGUGUUCCACCCAAAUCCAGUCGGGCUGGAGGCCCUUGUUCAGCGCCCUGGAGACCGUGCACAGCGGGAACAAGUCCGAGGUGAAGGAGUACCUAGUGGGCGAUUACUCCAUGGGGAAAGGCCAAGCUCCAGUGUUUGACGUAUUUGAAGCUUUUCUCAACACCGACAACAUCCAGGUCUUCGCUAAUGCAGCCACUAGUUACAUCAUGUGCCUUAUGAAGUUUGUCAAAGGGCUGGGGGAGGUGGACUGUAAGGAGAUCGGAGACUGUGUCCCGGGACCAGGAGCCACUGCCCCCGACCUGUGCCUCCCUGCCCUGGACUACCUCAGGCGCUGCUCUCAGUUAUUGGCCAAAAUCUACAAAAUGCCAAUGAAGCCAAUAUUUCUUAGCGGGCGACUUGCUAGCUUGCCUCGAAGACUUCAGGAGCAGUCAGCAAGCAGUGAGGAUGGCAUCGAGUCGGUCCUGUCUGAUUUUGAUGAUGACACGGGUCUGAUCGAAGUCUGGAUCAUCCUGCUGGAGCAGCUAGCGGCAGCUGUGUCCAACUGCCCACGGCAGCACCAGCCACCAACCUUGGAUUUACUCUUCGAGCUGUUGAGAGAUGUCACCAAAACACCUGGACCAGGGUUUGGUAUCUAUGCAGUUGUUCAUCUUCUCCUUCCUGUGAUGUCCCUUUGGCUCCGCCGGAGCCAUAAAGACCAUUCUUACUGGGAUGUGGCCUCAGCUAACUUCAAGCACGCCAUCGGUCUGUCCUGCGAGCUGGUGGUGGAGCACAUUCAGAGCUUUAUACACUCAGACAUUAGGUACGAGAGCAUGAUCAACACCAUGCUGAAGGACCUCUUUGAGUUACUGGUAGCCUGUGUGGCCAAGCCCACGGAAACCAUCUCCAGAGUGGGCUGCUCCUGCAUUAGGUACGUUCUCGUGACAGCAGGCCCUGUGUUCACGGAAGAAAUGUGGAGGCUGGCCUGCUGUGCCCUGCAGGACGCAUUCUCUGCCACACUCAAGCCCGUGAAGGAUCUGCUGGGCUGCUUCCACAGCAGCACUGAGGGCUUCAGUGGGGAAGGCUGCCAGGUGAGGGUGGCAGCCCCCUCCACCUCCCCCAGUGCCGAAGCCGAGUACUGGCGCAUUCGAGCCAUGGCUCAGCAGGUGUUUAUGUUGGACACCCAGUGCUCACCAAAGACUCCAAACACCUUCGAUCAUGCCCAGUCCUGCCAGCUCAUUAUUGAGCUGCCUCCUGAUGAAAAGCCAAACGGACACACCAAGAAAAGUGUUUCCUUCAGGGAGAUUGUGGUGAGCUUGCUGUCCCAUCAGGUGUUGCUGCAGAACUUGUACGACAUCUUGCUAGAAGAGUUCGUCAAAGGCCCCUCUCCCGGAGAGGAGAAGACCGCCCCAGCGCCGGACACCAAGCUGGCGGGCUUCCUGCGCUACAUCUCCAUGCAGAACCUGGCCGUCAUCUUCGACCUGCUGCUGGACUCCUACCGGACGGCCAGGGAGUUUGACACCAGCCCGGGCCUCAAGUGCCUGCUCAAGAAGGUGUCCGGCAUCGGAGGGGCCGCCAACCUCUACCGCCAGUCUGCCAUGAGCUUCAACAUCUACUUCCACGCGCUGGUCUGCGCCGUCCUCACCAACCAGGACACCAUCACGGCCGAGCAGGUGAAGAAGGUCCUCUUCGAGGACGACGAGAGGAGCACCGACUCCUCGCAGCAGUGCUCCUCGGAGGACGAGGACAUCUUCGAGGAGACGGCCCAGGUGAGCCCGCCGCGGGGCAAGGAGAAGCGGCGCUGGCGGGCCCGCCUGCCCUCGCUGAGCGUGCAGCCCGUCAGCAACGCCGACUGGGUGUGGCUGGUGAAGCGGCUGCACAAGCUGUGCAUGGAGCUGUGCAACCACUACAUCCAGAUGCACCUGGACCUGGAGAGCAGCCUGGAGGAGGCGCCCCUCCCCAAGGGCGACCCCUUCUUCAUCCUGCCCUCCUUCCAGUCCGAGUCCUCCACCCCGUCCACCGGCACCGGCACCGGCGGCUUCUCGGGCAAAGACACGCCCUCGGAGGACGACCGCAGCCAGGCGGCGGCGGCGGCGCGGGAGCCCCCCGCGGGGGGCGAGUCCCCGGUGCCGCCCCCGAGCCCCAAGGCGGAGAGGAAGGAGCCCCCCGGCAGGAAGAAGGAGUGGUGGGAGAGCGCGGGCAACAAGAUCUACAGCAUGGCCGCGGACAGGACCAUCUCCAAGCUGAUGACGGAGUACAAGAAGCGGAAGCAGCAGCAGCAGCAGCACAACCUGCCCGCCUUCCCCAAAGAGGGCAAAGGGGAGAAGAAGGGGGAGGCCCUGGGCGCCCGGGGCCCGGACUCCCCGCUGCUGCAGCGGCCCCAGCACCUGAUGGACCAGGGGCAGAUGCGGCAUUCGUUCAGCGCGGGCCCCGAGCUGCUGCGGGAGAAGAGGCCGCGCUCCGGCUCCACCGGGAGCUCCUGGAGCGUGUCCGUGCGGGACGCCGAGGCGCAGAUCCAGGCAUGGACCAACAUGGUGCUAACAGUUCUCAAUCAAAUUCAGAUCCUUCCAGACCCCACCUUCAUGGCCCUCCAGCCAGCAGUGUUCCCAUGCAUCAGCCAGCUGACCUGUCACGUGACGGACAUCAGAGUUCGCCAGGCUGUGAGAGAGUGGCUUGGCAGAGUGGGCCGUGUCUAUGACAUCGUUGUGUAGAAAACUCACAUCGAAGAAAUUCAGUAGCGAGGGUUAGAGUAUGCCUGCCAAUCUAACUGACAGCAUUUUCCCCACCACCAGCUCUACCAUCACUAGUGUCUCAGAACAAUCAGCUGCACCCUAACUAAUCGCAUUGGGGCCAUUCUGGAUACCAAGGUUGUAUCUAGAUGAGAAAUGAUACUCUGAUUUUGCACAUUCUUUCAGAAGUUUCUCCAUUCCUUGACACAUUUCUAAAUCAUGAAGUUGAUUUCCCAGUGCUUUUGCCUGUAAUGUUAUUGCCAAAUGGGUCCCUUUCCAAAGACCGCUCCUUUGAAAACUGCAUUGAUCCAUUUGAUUCUUUUUUAAAUGCAAUUACUAAGAAAAUAUCUGCUGGUAAGUCAAGCUGAUGUAUAAACAUGCCUAUAUUUAGUACCAAACAUUAGUCAUUGAAGAAAGACUUGUGUCAUGAUUGUGCAUUUGGUGGAGAAGAAGACAGAAAGAUAUAUCCUUAUGUGUCAUAAUCAAGAAAAGGAUAGCUUUCUCUGUAAAAUAUUCCAGAACAUUUCAAAAUUGUCCUAAGUUGUCAAGAUUUUCUGGUUGGUACUCACCAACUUCUUUGUAUAAGGUACUGUUGUGCCUUUAUUUUCCCUAUUUCUAAUGGAAGAAAAUUAUUUCCUGGCAGAGUGUUAAGUUGGUGUCAUGGCAGCCUUUGACACCCAGUGCCCAGUGACAUUUGCUGAUACAGAUAUUGCCAAGAUUCAGAAGACUGGCCAGUCACCUGGCAGUCCCAUUAGUCUUUGCUUUUGCUCCCAAGGCAGAAAAGAAAAGGGAAAGAAAAAAUGGUGCCUUAGUCCUUUGUUGCACGGGCAUUUCUAUGCUCCACAGUUAUCUCAACAUAAG